UCCGCAAAGAUGGCGGCUGCGAACGGGAGUCGGCUGGUGGUCUGGGGCGGAAGACUGCGACGCGGGCUAGCCAACAGCCGGCUGGCACUAGCGCGGCCCGGCCCCAUGGCGGCGGCAGUGGCCGGAGUAGCGCUGGCAGGAGCAGGAGUGAUCUGGUAUCAGGGCCGCGUGAGCGGAGAGGUUCCCGCCUGGAGUCUCACCGUCUACGCCAAGAAAAAUGUUGAUUGUGGAGAGGUUAUCAAGAAACCAUCUCUUCGUAAACAGCGCUUUAUGCAGUUUUCUUCACUGGAACAUGAAGGAGAAUAUUACAUGACACCACGAGACUUCCUGUUUUCAGUGAUGUUUGAGCAAGUGGAACGUAAGACUUUAAUUAAGAAGAUGACAAAAAAGGAUCUUGAUGAUAUACUGGCAGGAGUCCAGGGAGCUAAUUAUGGGUCCACCUUUUUCAGAGACAUUGGUGAUAAAGGAAUAAUUUCAUAUACUGAAUAUCUUUUCCUACUUACAAUCCUCACUAAACCCCAGUCUGGUUUUCAUGUAGCUUUCAAAAUGCUAGAUGCAGAUGGUGAUGAGAUGGUUGAGAAAAAGGAAUUUUUCAAGCUGCAGAAGAUCUUAAGUAAGCAAGAUGACUUAAGGACAAGAACUGAACUAGAAUGUGAGGAAUUAACAGUUAAAGAACCUGAAAUUAAUACAACUCUUCAGUUGCGCUUUUUUGGGAAAAAAGGAAAAAGAAAACUUCAUUAUCAAGAAUUUCGGAGGUUUAUGGAAAGUUUACAAACAGAAGUUCAAGAAAUGGAAUUCCUGCAGUUUUCUAAAGGUUUGAGUUAUAUGAGAAAAGAAGAUUUUGCAGAGUGGCUGCUUUUUUUCACCAAUACUGACAAUAAAGAUAUCUAUUGGAAAAAUGUCAGGGAAAAGUUUUCAGCAUCAGAGAGCAUUAGUUUGGAUGAGUUCAAGUCAUUUUGCAAUUUUACAACCCACUUGGAGGACUUUGCUAUUGCCAUGCAGAUGUUUAGUUUAGCUCAUCGCCCUGUCAGACUGGCUGAGUUUAAAAGAGCUGUCAAAGCAACCACAGGACAAGAGCUCUCAAAUAAUAUUUUGGACACUGUCUUCAAGAUCUUUGACUUAGAUGACGAUGAAUGCCUUAGUCAUGGAGAGUUUCUUGGGGUAUUAAAAAAUAGGAUGCACCGUGGCUUAUGGGUACCACAACAAGUAAGUAUACAAGAAUAUUGGAAAUGUGUGAGAAGAGAAAGCAUUAAAGGAGUAAAAGAAGUUUGGAAACAAGCUGGAAAAGGUCUUUAGAAAGCUGUUAAUAUUGACAUGCUACUGCUGCAAGUGCCAAGAUUUGGGGUUUUUGAGUACCAAGUUAAUUUCUCUAAAUCUCCAUUGAUUUCUUUUGUAAUAUAAAGAUGUCUUAUUUUUGCUUCAGAUUCAAUAAUUUUAGUAAUAUUUC